AUGCCGUCGUUGUGGCUCACGUGCUUGGCUGCCGGUUGCCGCACGGCGGUGGCAUGCUCUAUAAUCGCUGCAGCCACCGUGUACGGCCCGGUUUUCCUACGGCGGCACGUGACGUUUCCGGCAUUUUCUUACGUCACCGCCAUUUUGAUAGUGACGAACGCAACUCUUGGCGACACCGUGCACGGCUGCUGGCUGGCACUUUACGCCACGCUGCAGACUGUCUGUCCGGCUAUGGCGGUGUUUUGGUUGAUCGGACCAUCGAAAUUCUCAUACGAGACGAUCGCUUUGACGGUGGCGCUGGCGUCCAUUGUGGUGGUGCUGCCGAGUUCUAGCCAUGUUUUGGCUAAACGGAUUGCUUUGGGUCAGAUUGUGAUUAUUUAUGUGGUUGGUUUCAUCGGCGGCGUUCAGACUCACCCUCUCAUGCACCCUGUUCAUGUUGCUUCUACAACGGCGAUGGGCGUCGCCGCCAGUCUCCUUGCCACCCUACUUCCCUUCCCACGUCUUGCUUCUCUUGAGGUGAAAGAGAAGAGCAAAGCAAUGGUGGACAACGUGGCAGAGCGGUUAAGGCUGUUGGUGAAAGCAUUUCUUGCUGACAAUGACACAGUGGCUGCUGGGUCCCUUUCUAAAGCUUCACUAUUGUCCACGUCAGCAACCAAAAUCUUACAACCCAUAAAACAAUACCAAGAAAGCAUGCAAUGGGAGUGGAUCCCAUUAAAAAUGUUCAAAUUGGGAUGGUUAAGCAGCAGCCAAAAGUUGCAAGAUUUGGAAAGGCCCAUAAGAGGAAUGGAAUUAGCUUUAUCAAACAUUCCUUCAUAUCCAAUAGAACCAUUUCAAAAUGAAGCACUUCAAAAGGGUAUAAAUACCUUAGAGAAUCACAUCAUUCAAUCUUUAAACCAAGGCAUUGCCUAUCAGCCGUCCGAUUCACAUACUUUCCCUGAGUCAAACCCAGAUGAAGAUCCAAUCAACACCCUCCAUUCCAUCCAAAUAAUCAACCCAACAAACCACAAAAAUCUUCCCUCCCUUUUCUUCAUAUUUUGCAUGAAACUUCUUCAACAAAAAUCCCAAAACAACAACAAAUUACCAAACCCCAAGAACUCAAAACAACAAGAAGAAAAACCAAAUCAAACAAAAUGGGCAAUUCCAAGUGCAAUUUGGAACAGCAAGAAAGUGAUGGGAGCUCUAAAAUCAGCAAUUUCAUUAGGAAUUGCUGUUUAUUUGGGAUUGAUUUACAGCAAAGAGAAUGGAUUUUGGGCAAGUUUAGGAGUUGCUGUCAGCAUUGCUUGUACUAGAGAAGCCACUUUCAAAGUAGCAAAUGUUAAGCUUCAAGGAACAGUUAUUGGAUCAGUUUAUGGAGUUUUGUGUUUUGUUAUAUUUGAAAAGUUUUUAUUAGGAAGACUUCUCUGUCUUCUCCCCUGCUUUGUCUUCACCAGUUUUCUUCAAAGAAGCAAAAUGUAUGGCCCAGCUGGAGGAGUUUCAGCCAUUAUUGGAGCUGUCAUCAUAUUGGGAAGAACAAAUUAUGGUUCGCCAAAAGAACUUGCUUUGGCUAGAAUUGUGGAGACUAUUAUUGGAGUUUCAUCUUCCAUUAUGGUUGAUAUCAUUUUACAUCCAACUAGAGCUUCUAAAUUGGCCAAAUUUCAACUCACUUCCACUUUAAGAGAGCUUCAAAAAUGCAUCAACUCGACGAGUUUUCGUCCGGAUGAUUUGAAGGAAAGUUUGAAGGAAUUGGGAAUGCAUGUUGGUGAGCUGAAGAAGUUGAUUGAUGAAGCUGAGAUAGAACCCAACUUUUGGUUUUUGCCAUUUCCAAGUGGCUGUUAUGGGAAGUUGUUUAAGUCGUUGUCGAAAAUGGUUGAUUUGUUUGGUUUCCUUAGUUGUUCGGUUGAAGGGGUACGACGGAAUCUUCCAGUAGUAGUACUGGAAGAUUCGACGUGGGUGAAAGUCGGUGAAAAUUUAGAGGAAGAUGUUGAGGAUUUUAAGGAAAUGGUGAGUGGAUUGGUGAGAUGUUGCGUGGAUGUGAGUUCUUUGAAAUCAUUGGAAGUGCUUGAGAAGGAAGUAGAGAAGAGGAAUGGAGAGGAUGAUUGUGGGGAUGUUGAAAUGGGAGAGGGAAAAAGGGUAAUUGAAAUAGAGGAAAUGGAGAAGGAAAAAUUGGUUUGUUCAUUUAUGCAACAUUAUGUGGAAGUUGUUGAGCAAAGUGGUGAAAGUGAAGAAGGUAAAAGAGAAGCACUUCUGAGUUUUAGUGCUUUGGCUUUCUGUUUAAGCAGUUUGAUGAAGGAGAUUGAAGAAAUUGGCAAGGCAACUAGAGAGUUGAUUCAAUGGGAGAAUCCUUCUAGUCAUGUUGAUUUCAAUGAAAUUACAUGUAAGAUUCAUGCUGUACAAAAGGGUGUGAAGUAA